AACAAGACUGAUCUGUUGGAGGCCAGACAUUAUGAAAAACCAUGGGCUAUUUAAUUCGUAUUCAGCACGUCACUGCGCAAAAACCUCGGCUGCCAAUUUUACCCUGACCGUUCUCAGGGACGUAUACAGGUGUGAGCUUGCAUGUUAACACUUGUAGGAUGAGUAUAACUUUCGUUUCAUAAAAUAAUAACCACCUGACUACCAACUGCGAUGUUUUUAUUAACUGAUUUCAUUUAUUCGCAGUGAGGAACAUUCAAAAAUAACUCAGCAAAUGCAAAUAGUUUGACUUUUUUUCUUCAAAAAAAUUUGACUUUGACACUUAGAAAGGAUGGGACUUUUUCCACUUGAGUUUCACAUCACGAAGAUGGGGCUGGUGGACUUUUCCUUGAUCCCCCGUUGAUGGACCGGUAAUAAAGCUCCGCCACGGCAGACCAGUCGACCGGAUAUCCCGAAGUGUUCUUUCUUUUGGGUGCAGCAGAAUUCCCAUCCGCAUGGAUUGGAUCCGUCGUUGCGGCCGUCUUGUUUUCAGAUGCGGAAAAUUGAUUCUGUUGGUUGCUGCUUCUUCCGCUUCGCCCAUCGCCAAUAACAGCAACUGUAAAGUGAAUCGAUUCAAACUCUUAGAUGACAUCAAGUCAGCAAAGGUGUGCGUUCCGCCACCGCCGCCGCCUUGGGUCCUUAACUAUAAAAUGAACGGAAUCAUUCGACAUCAGCACAAGACAAUCGUCAACCACAACUCGAGAACCAACAACAACAUGAGUCGCCGUAUCUUGUUGAGUCUUUGCGUCCUGCUGGCCGUUGUGACCGCGUUCGUCGUCGAGGCCGCACCCCAACGUGAGAAACGCCAACUGGGCGGCAUUUUGGGCGGACUCCUUGGAGGCGGAGGCUAUGGUCAACAGUAUGGGUAUGGUAAUCAAGGAUACGGAGGCUACGGAAAUCAAGGAUAUUACAACCAAGGAUACGGCGGUGGUUACGGCGGUGGUUACAGCGGUGAAUCUCGCGAAAGAUAUUAAUUGUUUCGUUUGUUUCAAUUUUUCGACACGAUUCCCAUGUGAUUGAUUGAUCCGCAUCUCAGUCAGAAAAAUGGGUAUUCCGUGUCUGCUAUUGUUAUUCAAUGUGUUUUUUAAAUCAUUUGAAAAAUAAACCGAAACAUUAUCGAAAAA